UGUAAUAACCUUCCACACGCCAGUCGCCUCGCCUUGUGCCGAAGCUUUUAUUUAUUCUUUUUUAAAAAGACGCUGUCCCGAUCCAAAAACUUUUCCUCACCGUCUCUCUCUACUCUGGAGAAAGAUGACAACAGUCAGUCACUAAGGUCUAAAUGUCUGUCUUCCAGCGCCAGUUGGAUUUUCUCCUCUGUCGGACGACCUUUUUAGUGUCACCUUAGAUCAGGUUCUUUCUUUCUGCUAUCUGUCAUGCAAACCCAUAAUCAAACAGAGUUUGAAGGGCAGUAUAAGAUGCUCCCUCCAGAAUCUGGAGUUUUUCAAGAUCGCGAGGAACUAAUCAAAUAUGUUCGUGACUUUGGGGCUAAUCAAGGUUAUGUUGUGACUAUUAAGAAGUCAAGGAGGGACAGAAGAGUUAUACUUGGUUGUGACAGAGGAGGCAUUUAUCGUAAUAGGCGUAAGAUUGAUGAAAGUCAACGUAAAAGAAAAGCAUGUUCACGCCUUAUAAAUUGCCCUUUUGAAGCAAUUGGUAAGAAGGAAGAUGAUAUGUGGGUGCUUAAUAUAAAAAAUGGGGAACACAAUCAUGAACCUUUAAAAGACAUGUCAGAGCAUCCUUACAGUCGACGUUUUUCUGAAGAAGAGGUUAGACAAAUUAGAAUGAUGACUGAAGCUGGUGUAAAACCACGACAAGUGCUUAAAGCUCUCAAGCAAAGUAACCCAGAGCUACAAUCAACACCAAGACAUUUGUAUAACCUCAAAGCUAAGAUCCGUCAAGGCGGUUUAUCAGAUAGAUGUUUGAAGUCAUGGAGACCUAACAGAUCUGUUCCGGUAAACACUAGUGCAGCUUCAACCGGAGAGUCAUUAAAGGAAGACAGGCAGCCUAUGAAGGUCCCUAACUUUAUUGGAGGAAAGUUUGUAGUGUCUCAAGGGUGCACAAUUAUUGAUGUUUUAAACCCUGCUACACAAGAGGUUGUUUCGCACCUUCCUUUAACCACAUAUGAAGAAUUCAAAGAUGCAGUUAUCGCAGCCAAGAGAGCAUUUCCUUCUUGGAAAAACACGCCUAUUGCCACUCGUCAACGGAUCAUGUUCAGAUUCCAGGAGCUUAUUCGCAGGGACAUGGAUAAGCUUGCUACCAGUAUAACCUCAGAACAGGGUAAGACUCUAAAAGGUGCCUUGGGUGAUGUGCUUUGUGGAUUGGAGGCAGUUGAGCAUGCUUGUGCUAUGGCAACAUUGCAAAUGGGGGAGUUUGUUCCUAAUGCAUCAAAUGGAAUUGAUACAUACUGCAUUAGGGAACCACUUGGUGUUUGUGCUGGGAUAUGCCCUUUUAAUUUCCCAGCGAUGAUUCCUUUGUGGAUGUUCCCUAUUGCAGUUACAUGUGGCAAUACAUUUGUUCUUAAGCCAUGUGAAAAGAAUCCAGGGGCAUCAAUGAUACUUGCAGCCUUGGCAGUGGAGGCUGGUUUUCCUGACGGUGUCUUAAAUGUCAUUCAUGGCACCAAUGAUAUUGUUAAUUACAUAUGUGAUGAUGAUGCUGUAAAGGCUAUAUCGUUCAUUGGUUCAGAUCUGGCUGGCUUGCAUAUAUAUGCUAGGGCAGCUGCCAGAGGGAAGCGUGUUCAGUCUAAUAUUGGAGGAAAAAAUCAUGCUAUUAUAAUGCCUGAUGCAAGCAUAGAUGAUACUUUGAAUGCUCUGGUUGCUGCUGGCUUUGGUGCUGCAGGACAGCAGUGCAUGGCACUGAGCACAGCUGUUUUUGUUGGAGGUUCAUCAGCAUGGGAGCAUGAACUUGUGGAGCAUGCCAAAGCACUUAAAGUUAAUGCAGGGACUGAUCCCAGUGCAGACCUUGGUCCAGUGAUUAGCAAAGAGGUAAAGGAUUGCAUAUGUAGACUAGUUCAGAGUGGUGUUGACAGUGGCGCUAGGCUUCUUCUUGAUGGGAGAAACAUUGUGGUUCCAGGAUAUGAAAAUGGAAGUUUUGUUGGUCCUACAAUCUUAUGUGAUGUUACAAUCAGCAUGGAAUGCUACAAGGAAGAAAUUCUUGGGCCAGUCCUGCUCUGUAUGCAGGCAGACAGCCUAGAAGAGGCCAUAACCAUUGUAAACAGAAACAGGUAUGGGAAUGGAGCUUCCAUUUUCACUACAUCUGGUGUCGCUGCGAGGAAGUUCCAGAAUGACAUUGAUGCUGUGCUGGUUGGAAUCAAUGUUUCUGUUCCUGUUCCAUUGCCAUGCUCCUCAUUUCAUGAAGCUAAGGUGUCUUUUGCUGGCAAUUUAAAUUUUUGCGGAAAGACAGGUGUGCAAUUUUACACCCAGAUUAAGACAGUUGCGCAACAAUGGAGAGAGUUACCUAGCAUAGGAGUCUCGCUGUCUAUGCAUACAUCAAAUGAGAUGGACAUGACAAGUCGAGGGGUUUGCUCAGCAUUACCUCCAUCUGAGAGAGAUUCACCUGGCAAGAUAGUGUCACCGGCUAUGUCACUGGCACCAGAGAGAGAUCCUCAGAAGCAUAGAGAGCUGCUGUGUGAGAAUUUACCAAAAUCAGGAGGGUCAUCAGUGCCCUCAAUAACUGACAAGGAUUUGCAUAACCAGGAGGCAUCCCUGGUUUUGCCUCCAACAGCUGAGAAGGAUUUACAGGCGAAGAUACCUCCCACUAUACCUCAUGCAUCAGAGAUCAAGCUAUCAAGCCAAGAAAUAUCAUUAACCACAUGCCUGACAUCUGAAGGAAUGUAUGUACCUGUACCAUCUCAGUGGAAUGAAACUCCAACCCUAACAUCUCAGAGGACUGAAAGUAUCUCUCAAAUUUCUGAGAGGAUCUAUUUACCUACGUCUCAGAGGAGAAACAAUGCUGCCCCUUCUUUGAAGAGGAUUGAUGCUGCAAUGGAUUUAACUUCUGAUUGUGUAUACAUGGCAACGCCUCAUCAGAAUGAUAAUAUGGGUCCAGCAUUGCUCAAAGACAGCAGUCCAACUCCAACCUCUCGUCCAACUGACACCGCUGCACAUCCUGCUUCGGAGAGGUUACAUGAUAUUAUAACUUCUCACUUGAGUGACAGCAUGGUCCAGUCAUUUCAAAGGAACGAUCACAUGUUUCCAACCGAGAGGAAAUACACAUCCGCUGCAGCUCACAGGAAUGACCAUAUUGGCUUAACAUCACAGAGGCCUGAUGUUGCUUCAUAUCCAAGUUCCGAAAGGGUGUACAGUUCUGCAACAUCUCAAAGGACAGACAAUAUGAUUCCAGCAUCCCAGCGAGCUGAAGCGAUACCACCGACAACAAAAACUAUGUAUAUGCCUCCAAUUGUUCAGAGAAAUAACGGUCCGCAGAAAACAUCAGAGAGGCUAUAUAUGUAUCAAUCUGAAAGGAUGUAUUCUGAGAGCACAUUAAUUUCAAUAGAUGGUUUUUCCAGCCAGGGAGUUUCAAUGACUUUGGCGACAUCUCAGAGGAUGUAGGACACUGACAAUGCUGUUUAUUUUCGACUUGGGAAUCUAAAUUUCAGAGAAAACAUUUAAGAAAUAUUCUCAGUGAACUCUUCCAAGGUAUAAAACCUACCCCUUCUUAUA